AUGACGAGAACAGAUGGCAGGUCCGGCAAUCAAAAGAAUGUGGAAUCGAGAAAAAGACAAGAACUGAUUUUUAACAUUUCCAGUAGGCAUAUAACGGAUAUUGAACGACAACUUUUACAAAGAAGUACUAUUUUGCCAAAGUUGAAAAAUCUAAAGUUUCUGAGACUGCGAGUCAAAACAUUUUGGAACGCAGUGAUAAUGGAAAACUUUGUGAGGUCUCUGGGAGCCUUGGAAUUUCUUGAGGAAGUUGAGCUUCCUCCUGGCAGUGGAGUGGCCUGCGUAGUUGACACAUUGCUGCAACAGCUUCAGCACCUGAAAUAUCUCCAAAUCCUGGCAUUAAAUGAGAACAUGAAUGACCGGAGCCUGCUGCAAGUUGCAAAAGCUUCUAAAGAUGGAAAACUCUCCAGGAUUCGCUCGCUUCACCUAAUCUGCAACACUGAAGUUACAGAUGCUGGCUGGCAUGACUUCUUCCAACACUUGGAUAAUAUGUAUCAUCUAAGAGAAUUAAACAUAUCUCUCCUGUACAUGCACCCAAUGAAGCCCCACCCCUCCACCAUCAAGGCACUGGCACAGUGUAUCCUAAGACUUCCACAUCUCCUUAUUGUCUUCAUGUUUGCCUGGUUGGUUGAUGUGGCAGAUCAGAAGUUGCUGAAUGACGUGAAAGCAAAUCACCCACAGUCAAAGUGUAUCAACAUUUUUUGGCAGCAACCUUUGCCCUGUCUCCCUGUGAUUGAGAAAGAGAAUUUCUAAGGAACUAAGAUGCUCUGAAAUAAGCAGGUGGAUGUUUAUGCUUAACAGAAAUUGACAGUACCAUAAUAUCGACUUAGGACGCUUGCAGCAUCCAGAAUAAGAUGGGACAUUCAGGAUUCACCACAUUGCCCACAUUUGUUAAUCCUAAAUCCAACAUCUCAACCUUGCAGCUGCCCCUAACUGUAAUCCAACGCAUUACCUUAUCAAAAAUCCUUUCCUUAACAGUGCCAUUACACAAGACACUCGCACUUCACAUAUAUAUAUAUAUAUAUA